GUGGUUCCUGCUGUCGAGGAGUCCAUCACUGUUGCUCACAUUGUCGUUGAAGCAUCUUCCAUAGCAGAGGAGAUCAGCAACGCCUCGGCCAUCGUAGUGGGCACAUCAAAGAGGUCAUUGUAGCAGGAGACCAUGUGUUUGAGAACCCGAAUGGCCACGUGGAUGGGGAGGUCAGUGAGGAGCAGGGCAGCCCCGAGGAGCAGGAGCAGGACAUUUCCAGCGAGCUGAUCAAGGUCAAGCUGCAGGUGAACAAGGAGGGGCGAUACGUGUGUGAGCUGUGCCAGAAGACAUUUAAAACUGCCAGCAUCCUCAAAGCUCACAUGAUCACUCACAGCAGCAGGAAGGACUAUGAGUGCAAACUCUGUGGGACUUCCUUCAGGACAAAGGGGUCUCUGAUCCGACACCAUCGGCGGCACACGGAUGAAAGACCUUACAAAUGCAAGAAAUGUGGGAAAAGCUUCCGGGAAUCAGGAGCUUUGACUCGGCACCUUAAAUCUCUGACACCUUGCACUGAAAAAAUCCGCUUCAACGUGACCAAAGAAAUAGUUGUCAACAAAGAUGAUCUGCCCUCAGGGCCCUGCAGCUCCAGCACAGACACAGUGUCCUCCAUCGCGAGCGAAUCCAUCGAGGCCUCCCCUGUCAUCCACCUCGUGACAGAUGCAAAAGGCAACGUGCUCCAUGAGGUCCACGUCCAGAUGCAGGAGCUUCCCGUGCUGGAUGCAAAACCCCUGGAGCCAGAUCAGCCGCAUCCCGAGGAGCUGCCCUGCGAGGGGGAAGUGAACAGUGAGAACCUGCUGAGGCAGGCCAUGAGGAAUUCGGGGAUUGUCAUCGAGAGAGUGGCCGUGGAGGAGGUGCAGAAGCCAGAGGAACCUUUGGCAGCUGCUCCAGAAGAGCUGGAAAACAAAGGGGUGGAAGUAGAAGAGGAGCCGUGUGGGGAGCAGUGUGCUAAACUGGAAGGAGCGGAGUCUCAGACACCUGCAGAAAGAACCAAUGGGUACAAACGUUACAUUUGCUCUCACUGUAAUGAAGCCUUCAAUGAAGCUGCUGCCCUGGAAACUCACAGCAAGAGUCACACAGAGUACAAACCUUUCAAGUGUGAGGAGUGUGGCAAGGAGUUCACCAAGGGCUACCUGCUGAAGAAGCACCAGGAGGUGCACGUGAACGAGCGGCGGUUCCGCUGCGGGGAGUGUGGCAAGCUCUACAAGACCAUUGCCCACGUGAAGGGGCACCGGCGGGUGCACUCGGACGAGCGGCCCUACGCCUGCCCCAAGUGCGGCAAGCGCUACAAGACAAAGAACGCGCAGCAGGUGCAUUUCCGUACCCACCUGGAGGACAAGCCCUACGUGUGCCAGUUCUGCAGCCGGGGCUUCCGGGAGAAGGGCUCCCUGGUGCGCCACAUCCGCCACCACACCGGCGAGAAGCCCUUCAAGUGCUACAAGUGCGGGCGCGGCUUCGCCGAGCACGGCACCCUCAACAGGCACCUCAAAACCAAAGGUGGCUGCCUCCUGGCUAUGAAAGAGGUGGAAGAAGUGAUAGUGUCAGAGGAGAGCCAGUCUGCUGACAACCUGGCAGCCACGGUCCUUUCGGAGGAUCCGCACACGGUUCUGGUGGAGUUCUCCUCAGUGGUGGCAGACACCCAGGAAUACAUCAUCGAGACUUCUACCGAAGACAUGGAGACCAGUGAAGCUACUGAAAUAAUAGAGGGAACAAGACAUGAGGUGGACAGCCACAUCAUGAAGGUGGUGCAGCAGAUCGUCAACCAGGCCAACUCGGGCCACCAGAUCAUCGUGCAGAACGUCACCGUGGCCGAGGGCGCCGCGGCCGCCGACGCCGCCGACGCCAUCACCAUCGCCACGCCCGAGAGCCUCACCGAGCAGGUGGCCAUGACCCUGGCCUCGGCCAUCGGCGACGGCGCCGUGCUGGCCGCCGAGGGCGGCCUGGCCGCGCAGGAGGCCACCGUCACCAUGGUGGCGUCCGAGGACAUCGAGAUCAUGGAGCACGCCGGGGAGUUCGUGAUCGCCGCCGCGCAGGAGGGCGAGGUGGAGGUGCAGACCGUGAUCGUGUGAGGGACAGCAGCUGCACACCUGGGCACUGGGGCUGCUCGGGGAGCCUGGGGAGUGCUCAGGGGACAGGGCAGGCCCGAAGGGGACAGGGCGGGCCCAAAGGGGACAGGGCAGGUCUGAAACAGGACAGGGCAGGCCCAAAGGGGACAGGGCGGGUCUGAAACGGGACAGGGCAGGUCUGAAACGGGACAGGACAGGUCUGAAAUGGGAUAGAACCGGCCUAAAACAGGACAGGGCAGGUCUGCAACGGGGCAGGACAGGUCUGAAAUGGGACAGGACGGGUCUGAAAUGGGACAGGGCAGGUCUGAAAUGGGGCAGGACAGGUCUAAAGUGGGAUAGAACAGGUCUAAAGUGGGAUAGAACAGGUCUGAAACGGGGCAGGACAGGUCUGAAAUGGGAUAGAACCGGCCUAAAACAGGACAGGGCAGGUCUGAAACGGGGCAGGACAGGUCUGAAAUGGGACAGGACGGGUCUGAAACGGGGCAGGACAGGUCUAAAGUGGGAUAGAACAGGUCUAAAGUGGGAUAGAACAGGUCUGAAAUGGGAUAGAACAGGUCUGAAACAGGAAAGGACAGGUCUGAAAUGGGAUAGAACAGGUUUAAAAUGGGAAAGGACAGGUCUGAAAUGGGACAGGACAGGUCUGAAACGGGGCAGGACGGGUCUGAAACGGGACAGGACAGGUCUAAAAUGGGACAGGACAGGUCUAAAAUGGGACAGGACUAGUCUGAAACAGGAUAGAACAGGUCUAAAAUGGGAAAGGAGAGGUCUAAAAUGGGCUAGCUAGAACAGGUCUAAAAUGGGACAGAACAGGUCUGAAAUGGGACAGAGCAGGGCAGGCCCGAGGUGUUCUCAGUCUAAAACCAAUACCAGGAGUUAAACCCUUGGCCUGGUCGCCCUGAGCAGACUGACAGGUCACAAGUGGCACUCAGUAUUCUGUACAGCAGCCUCGAAUUAAGGAAGAUCCUUUGGGAAUCAGCCCCCUGUGCCCACCAUGGGACACCAGUGGUCUGGUUUGUGAAAGGAUUCAUAAAGUGUAGCAAGUAUGUGGGGGUCUCUCGAGGGAUUAUUUAAAUAUAUGCAUUUAAAACAAGUUGAGAAAACCAAACCUAAGGAGUUGUGGUGUGUGUUGAGCACCACUGAAACACUCUCAUGCCUUUAACCUCACUCCUUCAGGCCUCCCAAGGCACGGUACUGCAGUAUUUCUCUUUUCUUUGGUAUCCUGGACAAGUAGCCUUAUGUACUGGUCUAUGAAUGCAUCAUUGUACCCUGCAAUGCCAGCCAGGCUGCUCUGAGAGCCAGCCUGGGGGCUGGAAAGCCAUAUUGUAUAGCAAUUUGGUUUUUUUUAACCAUAUAUGGAUUUUUAAUUGCAUAUUGUACAGAUUUGGCAUGUAAAUAAAUACAUUUUUAAAAAUAAAA